AGAGAGAGAAGAGAAAGCUAUUUACUUCCUCGUCUUGGCCUCGCCUCCUUCCCCAUUCUUCUUCCACUCCAAAAUUUCCCGCAUCCGAUUGAAAAAACCUCGCGCUUUCCCUGCGCCGCCGCCGUUCUCCUUCCUCCCCCUCCGAUUCCGACUUCCGAAGGACACUUCCCUCUCUCGAUCUCCCCGCCUCGCCUCUCGAUCUGCGGAGGCGAAUUGAUUGGAUUCCCGGACGUAACCGAGGGCUCGGUUUUGCCGCUGGGAUCUGAGGCCGCUCCGAGGCAUCUUUGGAGGCUUCCCUUGUUUAAAUCCUUGGACUCCGAUUCGAGGGCUCCGAUGGAGCCAGGGAAUCCGCCUGCUCCCACAUCGGCCUCGUCGGAUUUCCCUCCGAAAAAGCCCGUCCGUCAGCUGGAUUUCACCACCUCCGAAUAUCCGAGUUCUAUUGCUCCUGCAAACGCUUCGGUGCCUCCUGAGCAACCACCACAGCAACCGCCACAACAGCUGCCGCCGCCUCAGCCGCAGCAACAAUCGCUGCCAGUUCCCAUGCCGACGCUGUCUCCGCUGCCGGCCUCCCGCCCUUCGGUUCCUUUUCCCGUGCCAGAAUCCCCAAAGAAACGAUCACGACCGGGAUAUGAAACAAAAGAAGGCACUCCUAGAAAGAAGAACUGCAACUGCAAACAUUCAAGAUGCUUGAAAUUGUAUUGUGAAUGUUUUGCAUCUGGGGUAUACUGUGAUGGUUGCAACUGCACAAACUGCUGUAACAAUGCUGAAAAUGAAGCUGCCAGACAUGAAGCUAUUGAAGCUAUUCUAGAACGCAAUCCCAAUGCCUUCAGGCCAAAGAUUGGUAGUAGCCCUCACACGACUAGGGAUAGCAGGGAUGAGGCAGGAGAAUUACCUUUGGUGGGAAAACACAACAAAGGAUGCCAUUGCAAGAAGUCUGGAUGCCUCAAGAAGUACUGCGAGUGCUUCCAAGCCAAUAUUCUGUGCUCUGAUAAUUGCAAAUGCAUGGAUUGUAAGAAUUUUGAAGGCAGUGAAGAGAGGAAAGCUCUUUUUCUUAGUAACCAUGGAAGCAUGCUUUACAUGCAACAGGCUAAUGCAGCCCUGAAUGGAGCUAUUGGUCCCUCAGGGUUCAUGUCUCCAUCUUCUAAGAGGAGGAGAAACCAGAGCCUCUUUACUGGUACAACUGUAAAGGAUCAAUCUUUUCACAGACUUUCACAACUCCCACAGGCUAGUCAAGUGAAGGCUUCUGUUCCAGCUUCUUCUUUUAACUUUGUUCGUGUGACACAUUCUACUACUCCUACUACAACAGCUCCAACGAAAGUCACUUACAGGUCUCUUCUAGCGGAUGUAGUUCAAGCGGAGCACAUAACUGACCUCUGCAAGCUGCUGGUGGUUGUAUCUGGGCAUGUAGCUAAAACUUUUCCUGAGGGAACAACACGAAAUUUUUCAACUGACAAGGAUGAGCAUGCUGAAACUCAUAUUGCUUCCUCAAACCAAGACGAAGAUGCUCAGCGACAAGAGGAUCCAAUUAUUCAGCCUGGGUCGACAGAUCACAAUUCAGCCAGUGUUCUUGUAGACAAAAUUAAGGCAGAAGAGACUGACGCUGACUGUGAGGACACACAGCAUGGGCAGAGGCCAAUGUCUCCAGGAACACUAGCUCUAAUGUGCGAUGAGCAAGACACAAUGUUUAUGACAUCUCAAUAUCCUAGCACCUCUCUAACAUCUUGCAGCAAUCAUAGCACAUCCGAUAUCUUUGUAGAGCAAGAAAGGUGUGUGUUGUUGGAGUUUCGGAACUACCUGCGUAAAAUUGUCACUUCUGGAAGACUCAAAGAAGAGAGAUUCAAAUCCACGACUGGGAAACCUGACACAUCUGAUUUCCAUGGAUCACCUGCAGCGGGUUUUACUAGAGCUCCGACAGUUGCUGCAGAGCUACCUCAUACAUCAAAACCAAACCCUGUUAAUUCCAGUAACCAUGAUCAACAAGUAGGACGGCCGAUCUCGCAGAAUGGAGAGAUUAAACCCAAAACUGAGAACCUCGAGUUGUAGGUAGGAAAGCGGGAAAUAGAUAGGUAUAGUGAUGAGCAGAUUACAUUACCGCAUUUGUGUAUUUAUUCUGACAGCAUAUGAUCGUGAUGUUCGACGUGUAAUACAAGCCACGCUCGAUUAUUUCAAUCACUUGUUUCUCUCUUGCUUGUAAGUGUUGUUGGAGAAAGCAUAAUUAUAAGAAAAUUAAACCAGA